AUGCUUGUUGACUGCCUGCAGAGCUCGCUGGUGUGGGGUUACAGUGAUGAGCAGGAUUUGCCUUUUCUCUGCUGCACCUCUGAGGACAGACAACAAAACCCCCAGACGAUUGGCAUGAUCGGGCAAAGGCACCGGGAGCCACAUAUCGUGUAUGCCUGUGGAAUAAGGGAGAAGGUUCAACAGCUGAGCCCUUGGUUCAGUGAUCUGGAUCCCUGCCACCUUGAGCAAAGGCUCGAUCAGCUUCCUGAGCUCGAUUCUGGGAUCCCACGAUCCCGCCCCGCUGAGCUCCGCCCCUCUGACGCUGUUCCACGUCCGCGCCCCCAGCUCCAGCCGCCCAUAAAGUGGGCGGUGGCGGCGGGCGGCUCCUCAUGGAGCGCUGCGCGCCGCCGGCACCUGUUCGGCGACUCCUUCCCCCGUUCGUUCUUUCAGUGUCUCUUGUCGCCGCCCGCCCCAGGACGGACAAUGCGGGCCGUGAUGCUGAUGGCCGCGCUGGCCGUGCUGGCAGCGAACUGUGCGGCCGCCGGGUCCUCGCCCAACGCCACGGAGCCGCAGCGGCACGAGGAGCGGGAGCCCGGGAGCCGUGAGGGCGAGCCCGUGCCGGGCCCUGACUACGAGGAGGAUGAGGAGGAGUACGAGGAAGCGCCGCCCGUCCACCAGUACAUCGUGGACGACUUGAUCCGAGUUGAACCUGUGGUUAAACCCAAGCCAGCGAAGAGGGGGGGAGAGAAGAAUGCUGGCAAAUCAAGAAGGAAGAAAAACAAAGGGAAAAACAAGAAGAAAGGGACUCCCUGUGAAAUGGAAUACAAAAACUUUUGCAUCCAUGGAGAAUGCAUAUACCUAGAACAUCUCCAGAUGGUGACCUGCAAGUGUCAUCAGGAUUUUUUUGGUGAGCGCUGUGGUGAACAGUUCAUGAAGACUCAAAGGAAGAAUGAUGUGGCAGACUACUCAAAGACUGUGUUGGUAGUGGUAGCUGUCCUGCUCUCGAGCGUCAGCUUCAUUACUGUACUUAUCAUUGUGAUAGUGCAGGUCAGGAAAAAGUGUCCUCAGUAUGAAGAGAAAGAAGAAAGGAAAAAACUCCGACAAGAAAACAGAAAUGGCCAUGUUGGUGUGUAAAUGGGGAGAAAGCAGAACAAUUCUCAAGUGGCCAAUGCCAAGCUGCAGGGUACCUCUGGCUACCUGACACAUCCACCUGGACACUGUGGGCUGGAGCUGUUGCCACUAAGCCCUGAUUCAUCGAGAGAGGCUGCUGCAAGGAGAUGUCAACAGGCCACUUGCUGCUGAAUCACUUACGAAGGAGACCAGUUAUCACUGCAUCUUGGCCCAACCAUGGGGAAGGAGCUGGCUCGUAGGGGGACAGGACCUGUUGUCAAGACCUGCUAGAGACUACUGCUACUGAGCCUUCUCUCUCUGUGCUAGAGCUCCAGUCUCGGCUGUUGUGUGGAUGGACUUUGUUCUCUUAGUAGGUCUCCUUUGGCAGCUCUAACUCUAAGGGGGAGAGCCUGUUGCUGCUUUCCGGAAUGGAUGGAAGGGAGAAAAUUCCCUUCCUUCCCUCUACCAAAGUGAAAAAGGGAAGAGGUUGGGAUGGCUCCUCUCCCUAGACCUCAGUGGAUGAAAAACCUAAUUGUGUUGUCACUGUGCUCCCUGUCCAGUAUUGGCUUCCAAGACCUUCAUCUGUAGUUGUGACUCGCAGGGCGUUGGUGACAGAUGUUUGACAGCCACACGUGGGUUCUGUUACUGUGUGUGUGGAAGUGAUCCCUGUUC